AUGGCAUCCUGUCCGAUUGAAACUUCCGGCGACAGCCCAUCUUGCAAUCCCAAAGAACAGAAAAACCGAGAUGAGAAACUCAUAACGCCUAAUGUGCGAGAGACGGAAUCAUAUAACACCCGUCCCAGCGUGCCGAAUCCAAAUGUUACGUUCGAGGAGUAUACGUUUUAUGCCAAAUUGACUCGAGCUGAAGAGAGGAACGCAGCUAAGCAAGAUGCCAGAGGCUCUGCCAAUGUUAGAUUCCGCUUUCCGUCCUUCUUGUUGUUCGAGCAUCCAAGCGAACCCUCCGUGCCGGAUAGUAGUCCUCCUCACCAUCACCACCAUCACCAGCACACCCAGGACAUUCUCGCUGUACUCAACGGAGAUUUGGCGGAGCUUGCACGAGUAAAAAGAACCGCAACAUGGGGUGCUGUCUUUUUCCUGAUCACAACAGACCUAUUUGGACCGUUGAGUGUACCAUGGGCUCUCUCGCAGCUCGGAUACGUUCCCGGAACCAUUCUCUAUGUCCUUUUUGGGACACUUGCGGGAUAUACCGGUCACCAAAUCUGGACGUUGUUCUUCCACCUCGAUUCUCACCGACACCCGAUUCAGAGCUACGGCGACCUUGCGUAUCGAAUCUACGGUGGCUGGGCUAGACACGUCGCGAAUGUUCUCCAAAGCUUCCAACUGUUCUUCAGCGUCGGCUUGCUCACACUUGUCCAGGGCCAGGGAAUAUCUCAACUUUCAACUGGCUCUGUUUGCUUCGCCGUGUGCAAUUUAAUCUUCACGGUAGCAGGUUGUAUUGUUGGCCAGAUCAGGACUUUGCAAAAGUUCAAGUGGCUAGCCACACUGUCGAUCUGGCUCAACAUUGCCAUUAUGGCCAUCACUAUGGCUGGCGCAGCUUCUUACCCUCCAAACUACAGCACCGCAUUGGCGCAGAAUCAGGUGAAGGCCGGACCAGUGGUGACCAGUGUCGGGACACCAGCCGACGGGACUCUCUCGACUCGAAUUGUGGGUUUGAUGCAGGCCAUCUAUUCCUACGGGGGAGCCAUGCUGUACUGCGAGUUCAUGGCCGAAAUGAAACGUCCUUGGGAUUUUUGGAAGGCCUUCUUUUGCGCGCAAACACUUAUCGUGUCUCUUUAUGUCUUCUACGGGCUAUUUGUCUACUCUUAUCAGGGCCAAUUUGCAGUUCUAGUCUCUAACCAGGGAAUUUCGCUCAAAGUUCUCCAAACCGCAACAAACGCAAUGAGUGUCGCGUCAUCCCUGAUUCUUGCAUGCUUGUACGGAAACGUGGGUAUCAAGGUCCUUUACAUGAAUAUUGGAGAAGAACUACUUGGUCUCCCAAACCUGCACACUACCACACGAGGCAAACUACUAUUUGCUGUACUCGUCCCAGUCUACUGGGCUCUUGCCUUUGUAAUUUGCUCGGCGAUCCCUAACAUCACCAACUUCAGUGCUCUCAUCGCUUCUGCCUGCGUCACUCAAUUCACCUAUACAUUUCCGCCGAUCCUCAUGUUAGGAUUUGCAGCCUAG